AGUCGUUUUGGCUGGCUCGGGCGGCUGUGGCGCAGGAGAGAUCGACACUGUGAGCGCACCGCCGCGAUGGGCCUGGGCGCUUCGGCGGCCGCCAAGUGUGGCAGCGCGCGAGCCUCCGAGCCAGGUGGAUCUUCGACUAGCAGCGCCGCGUCGCCAGCGGUGCCCACCGCGCGCGCCGAAGACCCGCCGCCGCCGGGGCCACCACGGCAGGGCACGACGCCGCCGGGGGCGAGCCCCGCCGCGGAGGGCGCAGCUCCCCCGGUCGUCGCGGCGUCUCCGCAGCCUGGGCCCGAGGCUCCGCUGGGCGUGGAAGGUGCGGCGGCCAGCCAGCCAGCCGCCGAGCCAGCGGCAGGAGCGGGCUCCUGCGAGGUGGCCCCGGAGGCGGGCCUUCCGGAGCCUGGGCACGGGGCGCCGCCGGGCGGGGAGGGUGCCGCGGCUGCCCAGCCGGCGGCUGACGUGGCAGCAGAGUCGCCGGCCUGCACGUCGGACGCCGUGGCCCCCGAGGGGCCCUCGGCGCCGGAGGGCCCAGGCGUCGCCGCGGCCGCCGACGCCGACGCUGCCGUGGCCGGCGCGGGGGCCGCCGCCGCCGACGUGCAGGCGGAGGGCCCCUCGGCCGAGGCCGAGGCAGGCCGGGAGGCCGCCAGCGCGCGGCUGGUCGCGGCCGUCGAGGCGGAGGACUGGGAGGCGGUCGAGGGCCUCCUGCGGGACCCGGCGGCCCCGCUCGACGUGAACGCGACCUCGGACUGGGGCUACGCGCUGCUGCGGGCGGCAGCCGAGGAGGGCGCGCUCGGGGCCUGCCGGCUGCUGCUGGGCCGCGGGGCGGACCCCAACAGCCGCGACCAGAACGGCAUGACGCCGCUGAUGGGCUGCAGCCGGGAGGGCGGAAGGGCGCACACACACGGUCGAAGCCUGUGGUAAGGAUGGGUACCUCGGGGGUGGACAGACCUCCU